GCCAGUGGACAAGGACAGCGCCAGUGGACAGAACAGCCUGCGCCAGGAUGAAGGCACUCAGGGUUGUCCUCCUGGUCUUGCUGCUAAGUGGACAGUCAGGGUGGGCACAAGAAGAAGAUGGAGAUGUGGACUUGGGGCCAGAGAGUUACGGCUACGAUGAUGACUAUGAAGAGGAGGAAGAGGAGACCAACAUGAUCCCUGGAAGCAGGGACAGAGAACACCUGCAGUGUUACACCUGCCAGACAAUACAGAGUGGGGAGAGCUGCAACCAGACACAGAGCUGCUACCACAAGACCUGCACCACACUUAUCUCUCAUGGCAACACUGACAAAGGUCUCCUGACUACCUACUCCAUGUGGUGUACCGAUACCUGCCAACCCAUCACCAAGACGAUAUCUGGCACUCAGGUGACCCAGACCUGUUGCCAGUCUGCACUGUGCAAUAUUCCGCCCUGGCAGAGUCCCCAAGUCCAGGGCUCUCUGGGUGGCAGGGCAGGCAGCCCCGUGGAUGGUGGAGUCAAAUAUCCUCAAGAUGGCAUUGCCGGUAGACCCCUGGAUGUCGGAGUCAGACAUCCUAAAGGUGACAGGGUUGGCCAACCCCAGGCCAAGUCUGUCUAUCCUCAGAGUGGUGGGGCUAGCUUGUCCAAGCUUGGCAGGAAUAACCAGCCCCAGGGCAGUGGGUCAGGAUGCCCUCCAGACUGGCCCAAAUUUGGUGGUACAGCCCUCCUGCUCAGCCUCCUCACUAGUCUCUGGGCAUCAGGGGCCUGAAAACCUGCCCUCUUCCUAGCAGGAUACCCUGGCCUCCCCUGCCCCAC